UUCUCAUUAUAAAUACGACUCUAGCAAUGCACUUUUCAUCAUACAAACUUCCUCUCUACGUUAAGAAACAACCUGAAAACACCACCACAAAAAAUCUCAGGCUCUCAUCAUCCACUUUCAGAAAAUGAGGUCCCCGAAAUGGAAACUUUGCCUUGCACUUCAAUUCCUGAUCAUAUCGAUAUCAGGCAAGAUUGUGAGCUCUGCAUUGUUGUGCUCAGAGGACGACAGAGCUGCGUUGCUCAGUUUUAAAGCUGGCAUUGUUAAGGACACGACGGGGAUUUUAUCCUCGUGGAGAGCACUUGAUUGCUGCAGCGGCGCUUGGGAGGGUGUUACUUGCAAUCCGAAGUCUGGACAUGUCAUCGGCCUGCAACUCCAAAGCGCGGCAGGGAGCUCUGUUUUCGUGAUGAAGGGGAUUUUAUCUCCUGCAUUGGGCAGCAUGAAAUUCUUGGAGACGAUGAUUAUAAGCGGAAUGAAGAUCGCUGGCAACAUUCCUGAGAGUUUCUCGAAUCUUACCGGGCUCAAACAACUCUAUCUUGAAGACAAUUUGCUCGAUGGUAAAAUUCCUGCGAGCUUGGGCUCUCUGCAUUCGCUGAGAUAUUUAUCGUUGAGCGGAAACAAGUUGCGAGGGCAGCUGCCUCCGAGCCUGGCAACUUUGAAAAGCUUGGUUCAGCUCACUGUCUCGAGAAAUUUGUUGACAGGUUCUAUUCCGUCCUCAUUCAUCAACCCAAGCUUGCAGGUUCUUGAUCUCAGUAACAAUCUGUUUUCUGGUAAGCUUCCGAGUUUCAGUUCACAGUUUCGAAAUCUCUCUUACAUUGACCUCUCGAACAAUCAGUUCUCAGGAGAGAUACCGAUAUCCCUAUGUUAUCUUCCUUCGGUUUCAUCGAUCAAUUUGAAUCAUAAUAAGCUCACUGGUAAAAUCCCUGACCAGAUCAGCAAUCUUAAGUCUCUUUCUAGUCUCUCGAUUGCUAAUAAUUCUCUAACCGGUACAAUUCCAGAAUCGUUAGCCAAAUUAUCGAACCUUUGGCUUCUCAAUCUCUCAAGCAAUGGGCUUAGAGAUCCUUUGCCAGGUUCUCUUUCAAAAGGAUUACCUUCACUCUCCUCCGUAGAUUUGUCUUAUAACAACCUUCAGUUAGGAAAAAUCCCAGAUUGGUUGAGAACAAAAAAGCUCACUAGUCUUAACCUUGCAGGUUGCAAUAUCAAAGGAAACCUGCCCAUAUUCAAACAACCCGAUACCUUAGGCUCCUUAGAUCUCUCAAAAAAUUCAAUCACAGGAACAAUCAGCAAUGUUUUCGCCAACAUGACAAGCUUGCAAACCCUUAAACUUUCAAAUAACAUGAUCAUAACAAAUAUAUCAGAAAUCAUAUUGCCAGAAAUCUUAUCCUCACUUGAUCUCCAUUCGAAUCAGUUGUUUGGGUCUGUCUCAAUUUUGCUGCAGAAAUCUUCUCUUCGAGAAUUGGAUCUCUCAAACAACAAGAUCAGUGAUAAAUUAUCUGAAUUCAAAGAACAGUUAUAUCUGAAAUCAAUAAACCUGUCAAGGAAUCGGAUUACAGGACAAAUACCAAGCACUGUUUCCAGGCUAACUUCUCUAGAGAGGCUGGAUCUUUCGAGAAAUCUGAUCAAGGGCUCGAUCCCUGAAACUGUUGGAUCAAUGAGGAGUCUAAAUUGGCUUGAUUUAUCGAACAAUGGGUUAACGGGCAAAAUACCGCAAAGCUUUACAAUGCUGGAAAAUAUCAGACAUGUAAAUUUCAGAAGUAACAGGCUGUGUGGAGAGAUACCUCAGAGAAGGCCUUUCAAUGCCUUUAAACCCGUUGCUUAUGCUGGCAACUUGUGCUUAUGUGGCCAACCUCUUCCUCCUUGCAAGAAGAAACAAUGAACGAAAGAAACUUGUGUAAUUGAAGAAUAAUGUUACUCAUCUUGAGUAGACAAUUCUAGGUCAAUUGUUAAUUUUCAUGGAGCUCAAUUGAUGAGCUAAUGCAAUGAUAUUAUAGUUGUUUGUUUCCA